AUGGAAGCUUCACAACCAAAACAGCCUGAACCGCAAAAGAAGAGAAGAGUCCGAAAAACAUCAUUCAAGCUGAGAAACCCAACUCUGAAGAAGAAAGCCAUGGAACUCUCUGCACUCUGCGACAUCCCAGUUUGCGUGAUAUCUUAUGAUGCGGCUGAAGGGGCUGAUGGCAAAGCUGAGACGUGGCCCGAAAGCCGAGACGACGUGAAAGCCUUGAUUCACGACUACAAAAACUACCAUGGAGUACAUAAGAAAUUUUCUCUUGUUAAUAAGAAAAAAGGGUACAAGGAAAUCAAGAAGAAAGAUGUUGAUUCCAGCCACGAACACAAACCAGAGGAGUUUAAAAGGGUUUUAGCCAUGUGGAAAGCAUGGCUUAAUGAACAACAUGAUGAGAAGUCAUUGGAGAGAUCUUGGACUUUCUUUGACUCUAUGGUUUGUACUAUGAACAAGAGGAUAGAAUUGCUUAGGAUGAAAAGGAAUAGUAACUAUGAGGUGGGAAGUAGUAGUGGUAGUGGUAAUAGUGGUAGCAACAAUAAUAGAAUUCUUGAAUUUGAUUUGAACAACUGA